CCUCCGGGCCCGCCCUGAGGGCCAGGGGAAGGCGACGCCCGCCAUGAGCUCGUCGGCGCUGCUGGCUGAGGGCCCCCUCGACCCCCCGGUGCUGCUGGCCGACAUCAAGACGGAGCCCCCCGAGGAGCUGCUGGCCAGUGACUGCGGCCAGCCCCAGGCCGAGCCCGUCGAUCUCUCCCUCAACAAGUCCAAGGUGGCGGCGGCCUCGGCCCCACCGCCACCGCCCCCCACCUCGGUCCAGUCCUCCCCCUUGCUGGUGGCUCCCCCGCUCCCUGCUCCCGCCACCGUCUCCAUCUCGCCCUCCGGCCUCAGCUCCACCUCGGCCAUCCCGGCCGUCCUGUCGCCCGGCUCCAUCCUGGCCUCCACGCAGGGCAGCGGCGGGCAGCAGAUCCUCCACGUCAUCCAUACCAUCCCCUCCGUCAACCUGCCCAGCAAGAUGGGCAACCUCCAGACCAUCCCCGUGGUGGUCCAGUCCCUCCCCGUCGUCUACACCACCAUGCCCACCGACGGCGUCACUGCCAUCACCGUACCCCUCAUCGGGGGGGACGGCAAGAACGCUGGGUCCGCUCUUCUUUCCCGCCCCCCACCAGUGAAAAUUGACCCGGGCUCCAUGUACCCCAUGGCCAUGAGCAGCGACAGCGAGGACAGCGCCUCCGAGAGCGGCCCGGCCCCUUUCCAGGACCUCCAGAGAGAGCCGGCGACGAGGGGGCAGCGAGCCGAUUCCCCCGACCUGAAGAAGCGGCGCAUCCACCAGUGCGACUUUGAAGGCUGCAAUAAGGUCUACACCAAAAGCUCCCACCUCAAAGCCCACCGGCGGAUACACACAGGCGAGAAGCCCUACAAAUGCACCUGGGAAGGCUGCGACUGGCGCUUCGCCCGCUCCGACGAGCUGACCCGGCACUUCCGCAAGCACACGGGCAUCAAGCCCUUCCGCUGCUCGGACUGCGACCGCAGCUUCUCCCGCUCCGACCACCUGGCCCUGCACCGCCGGCGGCACAUCAUGAUGUGAGGAAGCCCCCCCCCAGGUUCCGUGGGGCACCUGGCUGUAGGAUGAGGUGGGGGGACGGUGGUGGAAAACGGGGAGAGGGGACACACACACACGCAUCCCCUCCCAGCCCCCAGGCUCGGCGGAGGGACUGUGGGAGCGGAGAGGCUGAGCUCUGCCCGGUGGGGAGCGAACUGUGACCGCACCAGGAGCCCCACCGGCGGUGCAAGAUGUCAAGAGACGGUUUCCAGACUGGUCCUCCUCCUCCCUUGCUCCCGUUUCUUGUUUUUCCUGGGCUUUUCCUCCCUGCUCACAACAUCUGGAGGCUCCUCCUUGACUUCUCACCCAGGAUUCACCCUCCAGAUGUGUGCAUCUGCCUCUUCAGCCUCUUGGCCACCUCCAUCUCGUCUGCUCGCUGUCCCCUCUCCCCUCCCAGUCCCCCUGGACACAAUCUGGGAGCCACGGCGUGGAGAAAGGCGGUGGGGGGGCUCUGCCAUCACCCCCAGGCAAUAGCUGUCAGCCUCUUUUCUCUCCAGAAGGCCACUGUCACGGCGUGUCCUUGUCCCCACGGGAGCAGGGACCCCGGCAUGUCACCUCUCCCUGUGUCCCUGGCAUGUGUGGGGCUGCACGGAAGGUGCCGGGGGGGCUCCCAGGAGGGCCAGGGAGAAGAGAAAAAGCAAGAAAGGGGGUGGCAAAAAACCCAACAGCAACCCCCAGCCGAGCCCACCACCACCACCGAAAAACGGAGACUUUGCGG